GGGGCAGUGACGCUUGGAGCCUCCGCUUUAGCUCCGGAUGUGGCUUCACCCGCUGAACGUUGCCGCGCUCAGGCUCCGCCCCCUUUCCGGUGUCAUCUAUUCUAAGUUUAACUGGUACAGCCGAAGAAUCGUAUCUACGAGACCAUGCAGCUUCCGGGCACAGACAUUCAGCUCUUUUACCAUGUCUCCUCAAGCCUCAGAUGAGCGUCAGGAGUUUUGCAGCUACUUUCAGCAGAUUGUAAAGGAUCUCACUGCAGAAGACUGGGGGCACCCAGAGGUGGGAGCUGCUAUUACCCGCUUAAAAGAGAUACUGGAAUACAACACACCAGGGGGGAAAUGUAACCGUGGCAUGACUGUUUUGGCUGCCUACAGAGAGUUGGUGGGUCCAGAUUUGCAACAAGAUGGAAACCUUCAUAGAGCAUUGGCUGUGGGCUGGUGUGUGGAGCUACUGCAAGCUUUCUUUCUGGUGGCUGAUGAUAUCAUGGAUAACUCUGUGAUGCGGCGUGGCCAGCCCUGCUGGUACAAAAAGGAUGGUAUUGGAAUGGAUGCCAUCAAUGAUUCCUUCCUGUUGGAGGCCAGUAUAUAUCGCAUUCUAAAGAAGUACUGCCGGGGGCAGCCAUAUUACUUGAACCUGAUAGAGCUAUUUCUUGAGACCUCUUAUCAGACUGAGUUGGGUCAGGCACUGGAUCUGAGCACAGCUGUGGAUUUAAACAAAUAUACAGAGAAUAGGUAUAAAGCCAUUGUCAAGUACAAGACAGCUUUUUAUUCAUUUUAUCUGCCUGUGGCUUCUGCCAUGUAUAUGGCCGGAAUAGAUGGUGAAGAAGAGCACAACAAUGCUAAGACCAUCUUGCUGGAAAUGGGGGAAUUCUUCCAGAUUCAGGACGAUUAUUUAGACUGUUAUGGGGAUCCUGUUGUUAUUGGGAAGAUUGGAACAGACAUCCAAGACAAUAAAUGCUCAUGGCUGGUUGUUGAGGCUCUACAAAGAGUGACGCCAGAACAAAGGAAAGUUCUUGAGGAGAACUAUGGCCAGGAUGAUGAGGAAAAGGUACAGCGUGUGAAACAGUUGUAUGAGCAGUUGGAUCUACCAGCUGCGUAUAGAGAGUAUGAGGAGAGUAGCUACCAGCGCCUUCAGCAGCUUGUUUCACAGCAUGCAAAUGGCUUGUCAAAAGAAAUCUUUUUAGGUUUGGCACGUAAAAUAUACAAGAGGCAGAAAUGAUAAGCCAUGGACACAGAAACUUCUCUUUGAUAUGGACAGCUGUUUUCCCUGUUUAUUGAAGAACUUUGCCUAGAAGACAGUAUUUUUAUUUCCCCACAGGGGUGGAAAGUGUAGUGGUCUAGUAAAAGUGGCCAGAGAAGUUUGCUUUGGCUAAUGUUGCGUUGUGGAGCUACUUUUUAGGAAUUAUCUUUAUAAUUCCCUGUGAGAUGAGUAACCGUAUGGCCAUGGGUGGGUGAGGAUGUGCAGCUCUGUGUGUAAACACUGUGUAAACAGGGCUGCUUUUAUUUCAUCUGCUUAAUGCAGAUUUUCAAGUUGUAUAUAUUUAAAACAAUUUUCUUGAAUUAAACUUAUAAAGGGAA